AUUGGAUUAAACUAUAAUUAGAUUAUUUUAAUUAAUCGAUUAAUCGAAAUCGAAUAUAAAAAAGAAAUAAUCGAUUACUCGAAAAUAAUCAAUUAAUCGAAAAUAACCGAUUAAUCGAUUAUCGGUUAAAAAAAAAUCGAUUAUUUUGCCAAUCUCUAAUGACGAUUUAGAUGAAUUAAUGUUUACCGCGACAGAUAAAAUUAAAUAAUUUGGAGCAAGUUUGGUUCCACUUUUUAAUUUAAUGUUAAUCCACAUAUUUUCCUGUUAAAAUACAGAUAAUGCAAUAUUAAAAGAUAAAUCAAAUACAUGACAUUGGUACUGAUUAGUAAUAUAAAAAUUCCUUCUGUAAAUACACUGUUGACAAGAUGCUCUUCAGAUUUUGCAAACCACACCAAAUUUAAGGUUCAUUUUAAGUCAAGACACACCUUAGCUAAACCGUAAUCGAAAGUUGAAUCGGUGCAAACGGCUCUAAGUCUGUUUAAGCAACAUUUGAAUGUGGUAAAAUUUAAUUUUUAGCAUUACAAUAGAUAAAAUAGAAAAAAAUUAAUAGAUGUAUAAAGUAAUUUUUGUAAUCGAUUUGUAUACAUUAGUAAAACAUGUUUUGAGAGUAUGAUUUUAUACACAAGUAGUGUUUUGUAAUCUAAUUAAACCGAUAUGUGAACCACUCCCGAGUUACUGGUACGUUAUCACUCGGAAUCACUUAAAAAAAUCUAUCAAAAUCUCCUAAAUCAUUACGGAAAUACCCUAAUUUCGAAAUCGUUACCGAAAUUCCGAAAACAUGGCCGACAUUCCAAAAUCAAAACGCCCAUCUGAGUAAACAAGUGGAUCAGAAAAACGAGCGAAGAGCAAAAAAGGUUCCUUGAAUAUUCCUCGAGAAAAUUUUAUUUUUUUUUCCCGAAAUAGUACAAUAAUAAUGAUUAGGGGAAAUUCUGUAUAAUGAUUUCGGAGAAAUUAAAGGGGAUUUCGGCGAAAUUAAAGAGGAUUUCGGCGAAAUUAAGGGGGAUUUCGGCGAAAUUAAGGAGGAUUUCGGCAAAAUUAACGGGGAUUUCGGCAAACUCAUUGAAUUAUGAGUGAUUCAGAAAUCAUAGAAAUCGUAAAAAUGUAUAAUAUAGUCCACUUGAAUUAAACAAAAAAAUUACCUUGAAACGAAAAUGUUUAGCACAGUAUAGAUAUGCAGAUUGCAAUGAAGGUUUUGACUGCUUUUAAUAAAAUUUCCCUAUGCAAAAAAGAGAAUGAUCGGAAGAAGGUAUUAUACAAGGUGAUGGGCGGCAGACGCAUGGAUUUAAAAAUGAGAUAAGACGCAGACUGUUACAAAACGAUAAUUUUUUUAUUUUUCCAAAAAUUUAUGUUUAACCAGUUUCGAACAAAGUAUCGGUCAAAUGGCGCAUCCUAUACUCUAAUCAACGAGUAAGCCUUUUUUUGAAGUUUACAUGCACUCUUUGAAGCAUUGCCACAUGGAUUACGAUUUACGAAUGUUGUUCUUGAUGUUGUCCUGAAUCCUGGAACGAUCGUUGUAACCAAGGAUUUUAGGUAUCCCUACAGGAAAAAAAUCAGGAGAGCGUGUUGGCCAGUUUAAAUUGCCACUUGAUGAGGCGCCCGAGGAGUCAUCUCGCAAAUUCUUGCUGUGUGGGCUCUAGCUCCUCCCCUUCCAACUGAGGUAAGAACAAAUCCUGGAUUAUGGUCAGGUAACGUGCAGAAGUGACCGUAACCGCUCGAUCAUUUUCUUCAAAAAAGUAAGGGCCGAUGAUCCCAAUUUUUGAAAUAGUCAGAGUGCAGGGGCCUCUGGUCGAGCUCCCAAGGAUUCGUAUCACUCCAAUAUUGCAUAUUUUAUUUAUUUACACAUCCACUGAGGUGAAAAUGUGCCUCGUUAGAGAAGAAAACGGUACCGUCUCGAGGCAAUGCAGCAAGCAGGUUUUCACUAGAAUGCUCUGGUUUCAAAAUUACAUGGCUUCAAUUCUUGGACUACAACCAUCUUGUAGGGGUGCAAAUGAAGAUGUUCUUUAACGAUACGUUGAAUAGAACGUCUUGAAAUGCCUAGGGCACCUGCCUCUUUCCGAACUGAACAUCUUGGAGAUUGUGCAAGGACAGCUCGAACCUUUUCGGUGUUUUAUGGGGGUAGUAACGGUAAUCUGAGGCUCCCUUCUUACCGUGGACCCAUUUCCGGAAUCCUGAAAUCCAUUAAUCCUCGAAAGAAUUCGAUUUCGACAUAAAAUUCGGUAACGGGGAGCUAUAUUGAACUUUUAACAGAAGGCACGCUUCAUAUGGCUACUGGCCAAGCGUGGAAAAUAAACUUCCCUUCCCCCUCUUUCGAACCACUCCACUUUCGUCUAGGACCAAUCGGAAGUGAGCAAUUACCUCUUCAAAUCCAUGCGUCUGCCGCAUGGCACUCUUUAUAUAAUAUAUACAUUUUUCGGUUCUUUUUUCCAGUUUUUUGUAUUUUACUUGGAAAAAAAAAUUUACUAGAUUUUUUUUAUAGAACCAACGAUUUGCUAUCGAUUAUGUCUCUAUACAUUUUUUGCCAAACUUCAUAUUUUUGCUGCUAAAGCGCCCCAAAAAAAUACAUUUUGCGAUUCUUCACAUUUACAUGAAAAUCACGCACUUUGGUGACAAAUUUCAUCAGAGCAAAGUUGUAGUAUAGAAAAUUUUCCUAUCGAACCUAUAAAACAGAUUUCCUGGAAACCUAUAAUUUUCGCCACUAUAGCGCAUGCGCGGAAAGUGUGUCAUUUUUUCGUAUUGUUCGUAAACACAGAAAAAAUAAUAAGUUUGGUAAAAUUCAUAAUUCAUAAUGUUGCAACUACAUUUAUUAAAAAAACGACUCGCUUUCCGCGCAUGUGCUGUAGCAGCUGAAUCGAUGGUUUUCCAAAAGAAACUAUUUUAUAGUUUCGAUAUUUCGCACUACAACUUCGAUCUGAUGAAAUUUUAUACCAAAGUGCGUGGUUUUUAAGCCGGCUACUCACUACGCGUUACUUGCCAAGUACUUUGCAAGUACCAUGUAAUGUGUAUGGAGACUUGUAUAGAGCAAGUUACUUGUACCUCCCGUCGGUUGUCGGUAAACGGACCGAAGUCAAAGGAUCCGCGUAAAGUUACUACUACUACUUUAGAAAGCGUGCGUAGAUGUAGACGAUUUACUUGUACUCGAACAAGUACUUGCCAAGUGCAGUCCAAGUCAAGUAACUCGGCAAGUAACGCGUAGUGAGUAGCCGGCUUUAUGUAAAAUGCGAAUAACCGCAAAAUAUGUUCAAUUGUUUGUUUGGCAAGUUUUAGUGUCAAAAAUAUGAAGUUUGGCAAAAAAAUAAUCACUGUUGGGUUCGAAUUGAAGACCACAAGGGAAAAAUGGGGAAUGUCACAAAAAUUUUUUGUCGUACGUUCCAUCAUAUCUUGCGAAAAUGUUGUAAAUGCUGGAGUAAAAUUACAAACAAUGUGUAGAAUAUUACAAACAGAAGUUCAAGAACCAAGAAGCAAAGAGAACUUAAAUGAUUUAGCAAAUUUAGUAGAAGCAUUGCCUAUGAGUUUUUCCAUUUCGGGAUUUUUUAAUAUGAAUAAGCAACUAAUUCCAAGUUUAAUCAGUGGAAUAACUUCUUAUUUAAUUGUAAUGAUACAAUUUAAGGCGCAAGGAUCCUGUAAUUAAUAUUUUUACCGUUUUCACAAACCGCAAUUGUACACAUUGUAGUAAAAAUAUAUAGAGAAUUUCAAGUCGCAGUAAAUUUAAUCCUGAACUAAUUAAAAUACCAUUGGGUAAUUCAACAUUUUUGAUAAAUUGAUGGGUACCUAUGCAAUCCAUUUUUAUUCAUUAUAAUAAUUUUUUGUUUAUUUGUUUUAUAUGUACUAAUAUUUAUAUGUCCUAGAUUUUUGUCCUUUAUGUAUGUUUUUUUGAUUAAAAAAGUUAAAUUUACUUAUCUUUAACGUGUGGAGGGUGGGUUAACCCACAAAGCUUAUACCUCACUAGGGGAAACCAUCCAAAAGUGGUAAUCUUUUUUCUUAUUUGGAUUUUGCGCAUUUAGUAAUUAAAUUUAUCUUCUUUUAAUUAUUUC